AUGUCUCUCACAGUCGGCGAGGAGCUCCCGAAGAAGGUUCGGUUGUCUUGCUUCCACGACGCCGGCGCCGAUGGGGAGGCUUCCAUCCGCGCUGAGUUGGGGAAUCCGAUGGAAUUGGAUUUAAUGCAAUUCUAUAAGGAAGCGCUCAGCAGGCUUCCCAUCGCUGACAUGCCCGAGAUUUUGUCCUGCGUCAUCCGCGGUGGCCACUGCAUCGGCCUACUCGAUCCGGUGUCCAACAUCAUUUUCAACGCCCUCAAUCAUCUGUGCCAUCGCAAGUGCGGCGGGGGCAGCAGGAACAUCAAGGGGAGGCGACCUUGCGCAGCUCAAGUCAACAUCAGCAAGGGGAAAGAGGAGAAGGAGAAGGGGCCGCCUACCGAGCCUUCGUUUGUUCUUAUAUCAUUUCGUUCCUACAAUGGCCUGAUUGCAUUCAUGCGGAUCUACUUCCGGUAUCUAUCCAUGGAGCAGGCCAUGCUCUACCUCCGCCUGGCUGGUGCCGACCUCGCCGCCGCUGUCCAGCUCGGCGAGAACCAGCAGUUCGCUCCGGAGGACCGUCCCGCCACUGGUUCCCCUGAUCUCUGCUGCGGCAGGACCCAAUUUGCUCUCAAAGUAGCCGCAUUCAUAUCAGGGCACCCCGUGCCAGACGAUCUGGUGCGGCUCGCAAAGUUUCUUGUCCCAUUAAAAGAUCACACUGUUCUCGCUGCUGUGCUGAAGAAGGGGGUCUCUCUCAGUGUCAGCGACAUCAAUGGCAUCCUAAAUUUCCUUCGGUUGCAACACUAUGCAGCCUCCCCUGCCGUCCAAGUCACAUUCCAAAGCCGCCCUUAUUCCACUGGUAUGGAUUUAUCUGGACUGGAAUUAGGAGGCCUGUUACUAGAUUCAGAUAAGCGCCCUGGCCACUACUUCUGUCCAUUGGGUGAAAACUAUGUCGCCGACGUAGUUGUCUCACGCUCUGAUGGACAUAUUUCGAGCAUCUGUGACUUGAGGGCUCCUGAAAUGAUGAAGAAAAUGUUACUGGACUCUUUGAAUGCUGCUGCCACCACUAUUGUCAAGUACACUCCUCAACACAUAGGAAGGAAUCUUAUUGCUGCACCUUCCACCACUGCGUGCCAGUGUGAGCACACCAGGUAUCUGAAGAUGUGCCUCACCGAUACCAUCCACGCUCUUUAUAUCAAGGCAGUGUCUUUGCUGCCGCACAAUGCGCUCCACAAGCAUCUCCGUGGUAUCCUUGUUGCUGGGCAUUGCUAUGGCCCGUUGGACCCUGUGUCUAACAUAAUUCGCAAUGCCAUAUGGUACGACAGUGUAUACCCUCUGCUGGAGAUAGACACCGUAACUGAGCCGGACAUUCUUGACAGCCAAUCUAUGCUUCGCAUGGAGGCCCGCUCCCUUGAUAGCCUUCUGGCCAUGAUCUGCACAGCCAGUGGUUUUUCAGAGCACAUGGCCCUGGAAUACCUUUGCUACAAGCAAUGUGACCUAUCUGUGGUGUUACAAAGGGCAACCAAGGAGGUGUGCUAUAAAGCCUAUGUUGCUGCAGGCCAAGCUGGAAAGCACCCCUACCAUUUGGAGCUUGCAUCAUUUCUUACCUCCAUGCCACCCCAAGACACCCUGCUGACUGGUGAAGCAACUGGAAAAGGCUAUGUCAUUUCUGAUGCUGUUCUGGAGCAAGUGUACAAAAUAAUGGAAGGUCAAAGCCCAUCUACUGCACCAUCAGAUAUUCAACCUAGGCUAUGCCCACAGGCCUGGAUGAUGCUGGCAUCUAGGAAGGACGAAUUCGCGCAGAAGCAGAAGUUCCUUGGUCAAAUUUUAGAGCAAUUGCUGCUUGACUACUCGAAUCAGCAUCCUUGGGAACCUGUUCCGAGACUUGAUGUCAUAUGUGGUGUGAAGAAAGGCGACCACGGGCAUUCAAAAUUCUACCAUGUUAAUUUCUUGGUGUAUUAUGAUGAUGUUUCUUCCGCACGUAUGCUCUUCUUCGCUGAAGUUUGGGAGUCAAGCUUUCAGGCCAAACGAUCGGGACCUAACACAUCUGUGAGUUUGGUUACUCAACCAUGCACUAGAAAAAGUCGCCAGGUUGAAUCUGGUGUGCAGUUCGUCAAGGUUUAUAGUAAAUCUAGUCGAAAGCAAUCAAAAACUUCAUUUUGUUGCCCACUACCUCAUUACAGUCCAGAUCAUCCAUACCUUGGGCGUUGCGAUGUGUGUGAGCCUAUUUCAAGCAAAAUUGCGCACCCACCAUCUGGGAACCAUAUUGGUGCAAACUACAAGGGGCUUGGGGAACUCUUGGAAUAUCUGAAUGUGCGUCAUUAUAAUCCUUCUGCUGCGGAUGCCAUAACAGAGUCAGAUUUUGUGUACUUUGAUUGCCUUAGGGACGCCAAAAUUGCCGAAGUUCUCAGUGACAUGUGCUCUUUGGAGGAGAAGAAAUUGAUCAUCCGCUAG